AUGGCUCACGGCAUAGAGGCGGCAGUUGAGAAGUUGAGAACUGUCUUUGCUGAUCAGUUGGUGACCCCGGACGUGGAGGCGAAGUUUCAGCAAGCUGUGGCAGUUCCUUGGUCCCAAACCUGCUGGACCCCCGCGGCCGGUUAUGUAUACGUGAAAGACUCCCAGGAGCUCACUCAAGCGGUGGACAUUGUCAAAAGCACAGGAUCCAAGUUCGCCGUUCGCACCACCGGCCACAACCCCAAUGCCGGAUUCAGUAGUGCAGACAGAGAUACGAUUGUGCUUGACAUCCGUCAGUUCCAGUCCAAGGAGCUGACAUCGGAUGGCGUCGCUCGAGUCGGUUCGGGAAGCACUUGGGGCGAGGUGUAUGCCUGGCUCGAGGAGCACAACCUGUCCGCCAUUGGAGGCCGAGACCGACAGGUCGGACUGGGAGGUUUCCUCCUGGGAGGAGGCAUGGGAGCGUUGCCCAAUCUCUAUGGGCUUGGAGCAGACGGCGUGAAGAACUUCGAAAUCUUGUUGGCCGACGGCAGUCUGGUUAAUGCAAACGCUGAUGAGAACGCUGAUCUCCACCGCGCCCUGAAGGGUGGUGGCUCCAACUUCGGCAUCGUGACGCGGUUCGACCUUGAGACCCACCCAUUGAUCAACGUUCAGUAUACAAUCAAUGCUUACAACCUCGACGACUAUGUUGCGAUCAACAAAGCCACGGUGGCAGUUCAAAAGGCUAUGGAAGACGAUCCCAAAAUUGGGCUGUUUACCAAUUACAACAAUGGCCUUGUCGCGGUGGGCAUGCUUUAUGGAGACACUCCCGCCGAGCCACCUGGCGCCUUCCAGCAAUUUCGCGAACUCAACAGUCUGCUGAUGACGGUUCUUCCCGUCACAAAUGGAACAGUUCUAUCGCUCGCUGAGGCUAUGGGCCAUGUCCAGGAGACCAAGAAGCGAGCCAUUUGCACGUCCACCACACAGGUUUCGCAAGAGCUCUACGAUGAAGUGUACAAAUACUGGGUUGAGGUUCGCGAUACCCUUCCGGCUGAUCAUGUUCUCCACUAUACCAUCCAGCCAAUGGGCUCGGCUGGUGUCCAGGAAGGCAAGAAGCGUGGGGGAAAUAUCAUGGGACACCAGAGCACCCCGCAGACUUGGUGGGUGUUUACGUGUGAAUGGCCCGAGGAUGGCGACGACACCGCUGCGCAAGGUGCAGUGGACAAGAUGCUCGCAAAAGUGCAGAGUUUGGCCGAGGAAAGGCAACUCUUGCUUGACUACCAGUGCAUGAGCUUUGCUCAAGCCUCUCAAAAGGUUCUAGGCAGCUAUGGGGCCGAAAAUAUCCAGACGCUGCAGGACGUUGCAGCCAAGUACGACCCCGAGGGAGUAUUCCAAAAGUUGCAGCACGGGGGCUUCCUCUUACGCAACAACGUCUAA